GUCUUAGAAUCGCUCUUUUGCAAAUAGUUUCAAACUCACUAAAUCUGUGGAAGAAGAAAAUUGUUUCAAGGAGGGCUCAGAUUGCACUGAAGAAAAUGGACGGACUUCGACCUCGGUGGCGUACGGUGCUGAUCAAUUUUGUUGGCGUCCUUGGCUAUGAUGGGUACACAACUUGCACUAAGCCGUUCAGAGGUGGGAAACGAUUGGAUGUGCCGUGCGACUUCACGACGCAAACUUGGUGCACCAUUCCAGGAUCAUACUAUCCUUGGAGAGCAGUCAGAAGAUUUGUGUAUGAAAAUCAUGGUCUGAUGAGACGAAUGUACGGAGAUGAGAGGCACAUAUCAGUCCUACGUUCCGAAAUUGAAUCCAACGACGUUGAAUACCAAAGUGAAAAAUGGACGCACGAUUCAAAUUUGAAACAUUUCAAGCAGAAAAAGGAUGAGUACAAAUCGGCCAGUAAAUCGACGACUCCACCUCCGUCGACGACGACCACUUCGACGACAACUCAACAGCCGGAUAUUACAAACAAAACGACGACACGAGAAACGCCAUCAACUACCAACCAAGAGAGCACGACAGAUUCAGAAUUUUCAACAACGGAAUUCGACAUCGAAUCAACGACAGAGUUUUUAACGACAACUCAGAAAACCGAGACUACAUCCAAACCUUUGAUUUUUCAAGACACAUUGGAAAAAUCAACAACCACAACUGAAAAAGCACAACUUUUUUACAAGAGUAGAGGAGUAAACGCAUGUCCAGUGAAGGAGGAAGUUGUAGCGCCUUUCUGGGCAAACAAUACACGAGGUGAAGUUUUGGCUUUGCUCAAUCUAUACCCUUUUGAACAGUACGUCCACUGGGAAAGAUGCACGUUUGAGAAUAAACAAAUGUUCUGCAGAGAAGGCUGCCGGUGUGAACAACAGUACAGGCUCCAUCGUCUCCUAGCGUACGACCCGACUAAUGAUUGCAGGGGCAUCUUUUCGGAUUGGUUCAAAUUUCCGUCCUGCUGUGUCUGCCGGUGUUACGAUCUGCCUGGUGAAUUCAGAUUGACCUCUCGUUCCCCAAGGAAGCAAAACGAGGUCAAAAAUGAAAAAGUAAAUAACUAACAAAAUAUUGUUUUGAGCCAAAAGUUUAAACUUAACAUAUUUGUAACAUACCAUGUAAAUACUUGUAAAAACAAAGUUUAAUAUAUUUUUAAGUACUUGUAUAAAUUGUAACAUUGAUUAUUA